AUGUCGAACAACAAAUGCGACCUUGCACUUAACCUCAUCGGAUAUGAGGAAGAGGUCAAUGCUGCAAUGGAGUACGUUUUCGGAAACACAUUGAUUUGUGAGGACGCUGCAACUGCCAANAAGGUUACGUUCGAUCCUGCUGUUCGCAUGAAGAGUGUCACAUUGGAGGGUGAUGUCUACGAUCCUUCUGGUACUCUUUCUGGUGGUAGCUCACCGAAGACGAGUGGUGUACUGGUCACUCUACAGCAAUUGAACGAGAUCACACGAGAACUCGACACAAGACAGGCGACUCUGCAUCAACUGCAAUCAACCAUGGCACAAGAGAAGCAGAAACUCGAUGCCGCGAGAAACUUGAAGCAGCAGUUUGAUCUCAAGAGCCACGAGAUAUCGCUCGCCGAGCAGCAAAUCAACGGCAACUCGUCAUCCUCGGUAGGUCGUCAUGUGCAUAGCGAUCAUAAACUCUAG